AUGCGAUUGGCCAAAGCGGAGAACGAUGUUAAUACAAUGACUCGUCCAAUGCAAAUGCGUACACGAUCGAACGCACUCAUCGACGCACCUUACCUAACACGGUUAUGCGCGUGCGACGUUUUCAGUUCACCUGCUGUAGUAUGCGGUGUCGGUGUCAUUCAACUGAAAUGCUUCUCACAACGGUCUUCGCUUUACUCGUCUGCGCUUCAACAACAUGGGCUCAAGCCACACAAACUUUGCAGCAAAUUUUUGAAACAACCACAAGUGUUUCCUUGCAAUGAGGCUUGGAAUCUUCGUGUAGCCACUCUCUCCUGGCCCACACUAUCACUCGAACAGAAGCAGAAAAUCAUCUACGGAAUGUACCUCGAAAGUCCCAAGUCCGGUUCGAUACCAACCAAAUUGUCCACACAGAAUUGGCAAACUGCCGGAGAAGCCUUGCCAUUGAUUGAUGUUGGCUUUGGAAAAGGAGCACUUUACAACGAAAUUGUCGGAGCCCGCUAUGCAUUCUCUUUUAUUGGAACGCCAUCAGCUUAUUUCAUCAACGAUGCUAAAGUAACUGGAGCUAAUGUUGACGCCACGAAUGGAAUGGUUCAAAUUAUGGAUAAAGUUGUGCAUUAUCCCUAUGAAUCCAUGGAUUUUUUCCAAUAUCUCAGUCAGGCGAAAGAUAUGGCGAAAACUCUCGCAUUGUGGAACAAGUUGAGGACCACUGGUACACCGCUCUACACGCAACUCACAAAUCAAGUCUACAUGGGCCAGAGUCUAUACGCCACUUACUUUGUGAUUGCCGACUCCGUAUGGAAUCAGCUCCCAGAGAAAACCUAUCAGAAUCUUUUAAAUAACGAAACAUUAUUAAUAAGUGUUUUAGCAAAUCAAUACGCGCCAAAUCAAUACUUCUUUCCGAGAUGGUUGACUGAUUCACCUAACAGAGCCAUCAAUUUCUAUGUUGGAUUUCCUGCGGAUCCUCUCCCAGCAAACAUUAAUACUCAAACACUUACUCCUGGAAAAAUGGUUUCAUCUACUGAUGGUAGCUCUAUAACGAUAACCCUGGGGAAUACAUACGCGACGACUGUAGGAGAUGCGGUUGCCCUUCGAAAAGCGGUGCUUAUCCCUAUUUCAGCACCCUUGGGAUAUUUAUCUGAAACUACUCAAGACUCGUUAUCAAGACUUUCACCAACAUUCCUUCGAGUGUGUACACUUGAUACCGCAUGCAAUGCAAUUCUUCAGUCAACUACCGAGAAGACUGUUUUUGCACCUGUCGAUUGGACAGCUUUUAACUCACUCCCUGCCGCCAAUCAGAGUGAACAUCUAAAGUUGAUGAUUCUUCCUGAGCGGAUUCUCCGAUCCCAAAUGACCACUGGCAAGUAUGUUACUGUGGGCAGUGUGGCGGAUGCUAUUCGAUUCAGGACUCGGAAUGGGGUUUUGAACGUGGAGGGACGAAUGGCAGGCAAUGGUUACGUGCCGGUAGCUCUUACGGAUCAAGAAAGCUCCGGAUCUGACGGGAUGGUUUACCUCACAACUGGUGUUCCUGGUCUGCCCACUCAAACUGUUCGUAACUUUCUUGGCGCCGAUACAAACUACAGAAACUAUAUCAAUACGGGAAUACUUGAUAACCAAGUCAAAGGCGCACCCUAUACAUUCUUUGCGGUGAAUAAUGCUGGGAUCGACAAAAUGCGAGCGGAUACGGCUGUUGGUGCCAAAAUUUACAACGAUGUGAACCGACGAAUUUAUGUUCUCCGUCGUACCAUAUUUCCGAUGGCACUAUUUCUAAAUGAGUUGAGUACAACAGUGAUGUACGAUGUCGCGACGGCCAAUAAUGCCUUCACUUUAGAAUAUGAUCGCUUUGUCAUUCACGCUGAAAAUGGAGUCAAUGCUGCCACAGUGAAUUCGACGCUGAAAGUUUCUAUGGCAGACGGUGGAUACCAGUGCACAGAUGGAUGGGUGUAUUUCGCGGACAAGGUGUUCUACGUUUCUGACGACCUCACUCGAAGCCUCUGUACCAUGCCAAAUUGCUCAUGA